AUGGCGGCUGUGGAGCAGCGCCUCGGCCAGUACCGCGCCGCCCGCCGUAGCUGUGCCGCCGCUCCGCGCCCCGCCGAGCUGCCGGGAAAGGCCGCGGCUCCGGAGGCCGCCGAGGGACCGCGGGCAGCCGCGGAGGGCACGGGCGGCGGCGCUGAGGUCCGGCCCGGCGGCCCGGCGGCUCUGGGGUGGGCGCACCCGCUGCUGCUGAAGGUGCUGCUAUGGGCCGUGCUGCUGGCGCUGUUUGCGGAGCUGGAGCUCGGGCUGCCCUACUUCGUGCUCUCCCUGCUCUACUGGAUGUACGCCGGCACCCGCGGCCCCGCCGAGCGGCGGCCCGGCGAGCUCAGCGCCUACUCCAUUUUCAACCCCGGCUGCGCCGCCAUCGCCGGGACGCUGACGGCCGAGCAGCUGGAGCGGGAGCUGCACUACCGGCCCGCCGCGGGCUGGUAGCGCCGGGCCCCGCGGGGACCGCGCUGUGCCGCGCCGGGACAGCAGCCGCGCCGGACCGGCCCCGCUGCCACCGCCCCGAGGGACUUGGGGGAAUGAAAGGGGGUUUGUUCCUGUGCAAAAAAACUACCUGAGCCCCGCGCCCCACGGCGCCCGCCGGUCCCGAAUAAAGCCGUAGCAAAACUGCGCUCUGGUUUCGUUUCCUGGGGCCGGGCAGCUGUUUCGGCCGCUGUGGAAUUGCCCCGAGAGGCACGGCCUUGUCACAGCUGCGGCUGCCAGCACGUCACCUGGAGGGCUUCAGCUCCCGAGGGCUUUGCCUCAGGUGGUAGACAUAAAGGCUGGCGUUUGACGACAUCUGCAGCAGAAGGGCAUGCUGCUGCUCUCCCCUGCACCGGCUGAAAACCUCAUUCCGAAGAAACGACAAGAAGCAAUAGUCAUAACACCUCAAAUAGGCUGCUGCUUUGGCUUGCAGUGGUGUCUUUCAUCUAACAGAAACAUCAGAUUAUAAUUCCCUUUUUGCUUCAUAUUACAGUUUUCAUAAUUGUAAACUGAAAAAUAGGUGUAUUUGUAUGAUCCACAGCUGUUUUUAAUAUGUAGAUCAUUGCAUUGAGCCAGACCUGCUCAGCGAAGUGUUAGCCACCACUGCUUACAGCAUGGAAAAAACAUGGGUGUGGCAUUUGAGAACAUGUUUUAGUAUGGUGAUGCUACAUAGACAGUUGGACUUGAUGAUCUUGAAGGUCUUUUCUAACCAUAACAAUUUUAUGAUUCAUUAAGUCAACAUUUUGAAGAGCAGCUACUAGAACUUGUGUCUCUGAGGACAGAGUUAAGAAGUCACAAACUGGUCUUUCAAAUUCUUGAAUUGGUCAUUCAAAUGUCUUUUCUAAUUUAACACAUUGUUAAGCACCUUGUUAAGGCUUGACUCAAUACAAGUUUGAUCAUUGGUUGUAGAAACGAAAGUGGUGCUUUGAAUUUAACUGACUAGUAAGAGAAUAAUAGAUUAAAGCACAUGUAAUAUGUUAACACUGAUAAACAUCUCUCAGUAGCUCUCUGAAGCACUCUCACACUGUCUUGGGCUGUUGUAUGAAUUCCAAGUCCUGCUAUUGGAAGGCAAAAAAUUUUGUCAUUUGCACAUACUCUGUCAUCCUCCAGUAAACCGCCCCACCUCAGAGUUUUCAUUAUUCUUACUGAUGCCUUUUCACUUUGUAACAUGCUGCAUUUUGUGUUUGAUUAACAUUGGCUCAGCAGGGUCAAACACCUUUAAGGUAGUGGACACACAGUUGCAUAUACUGUUUCCUUGAAAGAACCACAGACUGUGAAUCUGCCCAUUCUUAAAAAGUAUUAGAGGAACAGGGUAAGAAGUCUUUAGAUGAUACUCAAAACACCUGUAAGCAAUGGAAUUCUGUGAGUUAAAACUUUAUUCACAACAAUAAAAAUAGACAUCAGCAUCAUGUUCAUGGGGAGUUGAUAAUCUGACAUCUUGUACUUUUCAGUUCUGUGGGUAUUUUUUAAAACAAGGAAAUACAUGCAAAUAAAUAUAAAAUAUAAGGCAAGAUAAACGAAAUUAUAAAAAUUCAUAGCAGCAAUGCUGGAAAUAAAGUUUUCACUUGCUAUACACUAGCUGCAUUAUGUCCAGGUGGAUGUAUAGACUCUUGUAUUUAAUACUUCAUGAAACAAGUUACCCCAAUAAGUGAGCAUGAAGCCAAAAGGCACAAAAAAUAAAAACUGACACAGUUCAUCUCUUCCA